AUGUUCUUAUGCUCCAUGUUCAGGUGGAUUUCAAUCUCACGCCUGAUGUUUCUCACCUGUGCCUCGUCCUGUAUUUUUGAUAGGUCGAAUAUUUUUAUUGCACAAACAAAUCCCUCUUCCCUGUGUCUCGCAAGCCAAACCUGCCCAAACUGCCCCACUCCAAUCGCCUUUCCCAACUCAAAGUCGUCAAUUUUGUUGAACAUUUUUAGGGCUCUUUUUGCUUUCACCUGUUCCACUUCCAUCAUCCUUUGUUUGACAUGUAACGCACAAACAUGCUCACUAAGUCACUUCCACCCAGAAACAGACUCCUUGCCUCACUCAUCCGUUGCACCACUGCCUCAUUCUUCUCUCGUGGCAGUUGCACUGAUAUGUCAUGCAUAUUAUUUAUGUAUUCCAAACAAAGCAGAAUCACCUGAUUUCCUGGGCUGA